CGUUCCAAUUGAUGCGCACCAGAAUAUCGGCCGUUGCUGUACGUGCAGAGUCGUGAGACGCUUUCCUGACGCUGAUUUGGUUAUCCAGAGGUCUAUACUGUGAGAGGCACAGAAAUGCUUCAUCUGUGUCAGAGUGUCCGAACAGCCCACUCGGCUGGUGUGACUCUUGCCCCGAUCCUCUCUCCGGCCUGCCAGAAACUCCUCCCCCUCCUCCCACCUCUCCCCUCUUCCCCUGACACCCGCCGGCACAGUCUCUCUCCCCACCCCUCCCUCCUCCUUCAUCACCGCUCGUUAACAACAGGGUCAUGGAGACGAGGGGGGACGACAACAGCCGGAGGGGAAGGGGACAAGGGAGGGGGGAGGGGGAGAAAAGGAGGAAGUUCUGCAUGCCCACAGUGUGGGGAAACCUUCAAGACCAUCAGCUCAGUCAGAACUCUGACGAGGUUUGUGGAAUGCGAGAAAUGUCGUCGAUUCUUUCUCUUCACGCCUCCCGGGGAGCAGACCAGGUCUCAGACUACACCUCCUGAGCACAAGAACAUACCCACUCCACGACAGGUCGAAAUCACACACACACACACACACACACGUGUUUGUGUUUGGUCACUUUCCUUUCUCCCCCUUUCCCUCCCUUUCUCCUCAAUCACCCCCAACAAACACACACACACACACACACACUCUAAUACUUUUGAGGGGAAAAACUAAUGUACAACGGAACUCCAUUGAUCCGGCACCAAUGGGACUGAAGAAAUUACCCGGAUUAGUCUAUUAGUGAGGUGUCCUUUGCUCAAGAGCACGUACAGUUGCCUACAAGAAACUCUUCACGAGGACUACUAAAUUUGCCAAAAAACAACUGUGCUUCGUUGAAGUUUCCAUCUACAUGUUUGUAUAUUAUACCUCUAGUUCUAACCCCUAACCAUCUAUUUCUCGCACUCUUUCCCCAUCUCCACAGAUAUUUGAGUUCCUCGACAGCUUCGUGGUGGGUCAGGAGCAUGCCAAGAAGGUCCUCUCCGUGGCAACCUACAACCACUACAAACGGCUCUCCACUAACCUGCCCCCCGUCGAGGAGGAGGGAGGGAACGGAGGAGUCAUUGAAUCCAUGAAUAUCCCUCCCGCUGUCCUGGACCCCUCAGUUUAUCUGAAGGGUUUGCCUCUCCCUCAACUGCCGAUGGUGUUGGAGGAGAGAGAGAGGGGCCGCCACGAGGAGAGGGAGAAGGGAGAGGGAGGCUCUCUACCACUGGUCCGGGGGGACGGAAUUCGUCUGGAGAAGAGCAACAUUCUCAUUCUCGGUCCGACCGGCUCAGGGAAGACGCUGUUGGCCCAGAGCCUGGCACAGUGUCUGGAUGUCCCGAUGGUAAUAUGUGACUGCACCACUCUCACCCAGGCAGGCUACGUGGGAGACGACAUUGACUCUGUCAUCAGCAAACUACUCCACGAAGCCAAUUUUGAUAUCAACAAAGCUCAGAGAGGGAUAGUGUUUCUGGACGAGGUGGACAAGAUCAGCUGUGUGCCCGGGUUCCAUCAUCUGAGGGACGUGGGUGGAGAGGGAGUCCAGCAAGGCCUCCUCAAGAUCCUAGAGGGCACCAUCGUACAGGUCCCUGAGAGGUCGCGGAAGGUCAAGGGUGAAAUGGUUGCCGUGGACACCACCAAUAUCCUGUUCAUCUCCUCAGGGGCCUUCAAUGGCCUCGACAAGAUCAUCGGGAAGAGGAAGAAUGAGAAGGUAAUAGGAUUCAAUACCCCAGGCUCCUCCUCCGGAGUAGCUUUACCCCGCCCUGGCACCUCUACCCCAGGCCGCCCCACCCAUCCAUCCAUCCUGGGGUACCCCGUCUCCUCCGGGGGCACCCCGACACCCCGAGACCUUUCGGAGGACGAGCACACGGACAGUCUCCUACGCUGCGUGGAGGCGAGGGAUCUCAUGAGCUACGGGAUGAUCCCCGAGUUUGUGGGGAGGUUCCCUGUCGUUGUGACUCUUAAUCACCUCAAUGUCGAGAGUCUAGUGAGCAUUCUGACGAAGCCAAAGAAUGCCCUCAUCCCGCAGUUCAAGUCUCUCUUCCACAUGGAUCAGGUUGACCUGCAGUUCUCAUCGGAGGCUCUGUGUGCAGUGGCAGAGCGGGCCAUGGAGCAGAAGACUGGGGCUAGAGGACUCAGAUCAAUAGUGGAGCAACUCUUAUUAGAGCCCAUGUUUGAAGUGCCCGGGUCGGACAUCGCUCAAGUGCUGGUUGAAGAGGACACCGCGAGGGGGUAUCACCCUGCUCGUUAUCAGUACAAGGACUCGUCGGGUGAUAGCAGGGAAGAAGAGAGCAAGGCAGAUCAGUUGGACGUAGUAACGGAACACAAUACAACAGACACGUCUUCAGAAAUCAAAACAUCAGUCUUAUAGUGUAAUUACCGUGUGUUAUUUAAUGUUACACAUAAUUAUUAUUCUUCUAAUGCAGCUCAUUUUCAAACACUAUUAAUUAUUGUGCAAUGUGUACUUUGUGUAUGUUAAUAACACCCACCACUUUCUAUAAGUUUAUUGUAUGUGUGUAUUCUCUUAACAAGGUCAAAAGUCUCAAAAAUAUUUUUCCCUUGGC